CCGCGGUCGGCGGCGGGCCGCUCUAGGCCAGUCGCUGUCGUCUCUAUGACCUCGGAGGCCGUCCCCAGUGUCCGGCGGGGACGCGCGACGGGCGCGCGCCAGUUCCGCGCGGGGCUGUGGGAGCACCAUGGCCGCCCCGAGAGAAAAUGUCAGUUUGCUCUUCAAGUUGUACUGCUUGGCAGUGAUGACCCUGGUGGCUGCAGCUUAUACUGUGGCUUUGAGAUACACAAGGACAACGGACCAGGACCUCUACUUUUCUACCACGGCUGUGUGUAUCACAGAGGUUAUAAAGUUACUGCUAAGUGUGGGACUUUUAGCUAAAGAAACUGGUAGUUUUGGUAGAUUCAAGGCAUCGUUAAGUGAAAAUGUUCUGGGGAGCCCCAGGGAGCUGAUGAAGUUGAGUGUGCCGUCUGUGGUGUAUGCUGUACAGAACAACAUGGCCUUCCUGGCUCUCAGCAAUCUGGAUGCAGCGGUGUACCAGGUGACAUACCAAUUGAAAAUUCCCUGUACUGCUUUCUGUACUGUGUUGAUGUUGAACCGGACACUCAGCAAAUUACAGUGGAUUUCAGUUUUUAUGUUGUGUGGUGGAGUCACACUAGUUCAGUGGAAGCCAGCUCAAGCUACGAAAGUUGUGGUGGAACAGAAUCCAUUACUAGGAUUUGGUGCUAUAGCUAUUGCUGUACUGUGCUCAGGAUUUGCAGGAGUGUAUUUUGAAAAGGUUUUAAAGAGUUCAGAUACAUCCCUUUGGGUGAGAAACAUUCAGAUGUAUCUAUCUGGGAUUGUUGUGACCUUAGCUGGUGUCUACUUGUCAGAUGGAGCGGAAAUUAAACAAAAAGGAUUUUUCUAUGGUUACACGUACUAUGUCUGGUUUGUCAUUUUUCUUGCAAGUGUUGGAGGCCUCUACACCUCUGUCGUGGUCAAGUACACAGACAACAUCAUGAAAGGCUUUUCUGCGGCUGCAGCUAUUGUCAUUUCUACCAUUGCUUCAGUGGUACUGUUCGGACUACAGAUAACAAUCACCUUUGCUCUGGGAGCCCUUCUUGUAUGUAUUUCCAUAUAUCUCUAUGGAUUACCCAGACAGGAUACUACAUCCAUUCAACAAGGAGAAACAGCUUCAAAAGAGAGAAUCAUUGGCGUGUGAUUUGAGCCUUACAAGAUUCAUCUUAUGACUGAACUGUUUGCAUUGAACUAGAGCCUUAAGCCAAUCCCAGAAGGUAGGUUAAAGAGCAACAACAGUUAGUGAACUGUAUGGCACAGAAUUAAGAAGAAAACUAUAUACAGGAAAUGCAACUACAGAGUUUUAAUGUGAGCUGUUUGGACCAAGCUGUAUUGUCUUACAAUGAAGGAAUUUAAUCACUGUAUAUAUACAUAUAUAAUGUACAUACAAAAUGUGGAGAUAUUUAAAAUCAUGUGAAGCUACAAUAUUCAAGUAACAAGGUUUGGGACAAUGUUUAAGGCUUAAAGUGCCAAAGCCAUUUCUGUCCCAACUGUUCUCUUGUUCAGAUACUGGGGAGAUGGACUGCCCCUCCUUGUUCUGAUUCAUGUACAGUAUUUGACCUAACAGCAGUAAAGCUCUUUUCUUAGAAAAGAGAGGCCGAGACAAGACACGCUAGUUCAGACACAUACUGAAUGUUUAACUGCUGAAACGUAAUCUCCUAACUCAGUGAUUUCUGGGUGGUGACUGACAACUCCUUUAGUGCUGUAUUUAUUUGUGCCGUUCUCUCUCUCGUUCAUAUUCUUUUGCUGCAGAUGAUGUUCUUUUCACAAAAUUUUCUAAUGUCUCUUUUCUACUUUUUU